AUGUCGACUCUGAACCGCUCUCUUUGGCAGGACCAGGCCGGUGUGCUCGGCGUCAUCCGCGAGAGUCCGAUUCCCUCCAACAUCGCUGAUAACGAAAUCUUGGUCAAGGUUCAUGCUUGGGCUAUGAAUCCUGCCGACGCCAUGGUCCAGGACGUGCCUUUGCCGUUUAUUAAGUAUCCCUUGAUCCUGGGAGAGGACGUUGCCGGUACCGUGGAGAGGGUCGGAUCUGCGGCGACGGCCAGAUUUCAGCCUGGAGAUCGUGUUCUGGGACUGGCUCUAGGUGCUGCCGUCGCGAAGCCCGAGCAAGGUGCAUUCCAGGACUAUGUGAUCCUCGACCAUAGCAUGGCGUGCAAGAUUCCCGAUUCCUUGUCUUUCACCGAAGCAUCCGUCUUUCCCCUCUGCAUCGCGACGGCGGCGUAUGGUCUCUUCUCCAAGGACUACCUGGGCUUGCCCUUUCCCACGACCAAAACUCUCGCCAACAGCACCGGCAAAUCCAUUUUUAUCUGGGACGGCAGUUCGGGUGUCGGUAGCAAUGCGAUCCAACUGUGCAAAGCAGCUGGCUUUGAGGUCUUCACCACUUGCUCUGCACGCAACUUUGAAUAUGUCAAGAGUCUUGGUGCUGAUCACGUCUACAACUACAACGACCCAGACGUCAUCCGUACGGUUGUCGCGGAACUGGACAAGGGCGAAUGCAUUGGAGUCUUCCAAGCGGCCGGCGACGUGGCACCAUCCUGCCAGGUAGCACACCAAUCGAAGCAAAACCUGCGCGUCGCCGCCACGAACCCGGUUACUGAAGGGGCAGCCCCCGAGGGCGUUGAUGCCAAGAUGAUAUUUGCCUCGGGGGGAGCGAUCAUCUACCACGAGACAAACCCCGCCACCUUUGCUGGGUAUCUGCCUGACGCGUUGGCGAAGGGGAUCUACAAGGUCGUGCCGACCAAGGGUCUCGAGGGCAUUCAGGAGGCUUUGGAUCAAGUCAAGAAGGGUGUCUCAGCUAAAAAACUGGUGACAUUGGCCAACUAG